AUGGUUCAUUCAUCAGCAAUGGACGACUCUCCUUUACUAAGAGAUGCCGUUAAAGGUUCCGUCGACUACAAAGGCCGGCCGGCUAUUAGAUCGGAAACUGGAAAAUGGAGAUCUGCUAUUUUCAUCAUCGGAGUUGAGAUCGCAGAGAGGUUUUCGUAUAAUGGGAUUAGUUCCAACCUGAUAACCUACCUGACGGGGCCGCUUCAGCAAUCGAUGGUAACAGCGGCGGUGAAUGUGAACACCUGGACAGGGGUUUCUUACAUGCUGCCUCUCUUUGGAGCUUUCCUUGCCGAUGCUUAUCUUGGCCGAUAUCGCACUAUCCUCUUAGCUACUCUCCUCUAUGUUCUGGGAUUGGGGUUGUUAACACUAUCAGCAGUUCUUCCUUCUUUCAGUCCACCCAUCUUCUUCUUCAGCUCUCUAUAUUUGGUAGCACUUGCACAAGGUACGCACAAGCCAUGCACACAAGCUUUUGGUGCAGAUCAAUUUGAAGUUACAGAUCCAGAGGAAUGCAAGUCCAAGAGUUCUUUCUUCAACUGGUGGUGUUUUGGAAUUUGUUCAGGUGUUUUAUGCACUCACUCCAUCUUAACCUACAUUCAGGAUAACCUGAAUUGGGGUCUUGGAUUUGGAAUUCCAUGUGUUUGCAUGGUAGUUGCACUUACUAUUUUCUUGCUUGGAACCAAGACUUAUCGACAUAGUUAUAACGACGAUAACGAUAAUCAAUUUGGAAGAAUUGCAUUAGCAUUUGUUGCAGCAGUAAGGAGUUGGCGAGCCACUCCUUCAACAGCCACUGAUGAGGAAGAAGGAGAGACUCUUUUCCUGCAUGGUACUGACCAAUUCAGGUUUCUGGACGAGGCACCUGCUACUAGUACUAUAUCAGAUGAUUUCAAGGAAGGUUGGCUAGUUUCCAGUGUUAGUCAAGUGGAAGAAGCAAAGGCAAUACUAAGGUUGUUUCCUUUUUGGGCUACAUGUAUAGUAUAUACAAUUGUGGAUGCACAAUACUAUACUUUCUUCACCAAACAAGGAGCCACCAUGGAUAGAACAAUAGGGUCUUCGGGGUUCAAGAUACCACCUGCCUCCCUUCAAACCUUCAUUAGCAUCUCCAUCAUUCUUUUCAUUCCGAUCUAUGAUCGUAUCCUUAUUCCAUUCGCCCGAGUUUUUACCGAUAUACACUCCGGCAUUACAACUCUUCAAAGGAUAGGAACUGGAAUAAUUUUGUCUCUGAUAGCCAUGGUAGUAGCAGCACUAGUUGAGAGGGAAAGGCUUCAAAUUGCCAUUGAUUCCAAGAUAGUGGAUAUACCAAAAGUAAUAGUUCCUAUGAGUGUUUGGUGGUUAGUUCCUCAAUACAUCCUGUUAGGAAUUGCUGAAGCACUCACCAUGGUUGGUCUUCAAGAGUUUUUCUAUGAUCAAAUGCCAAAGGGUUUGAAAAGUGUGGGUCUUGCAUUUUACCUUAGCAUCUUUGGUGUAGGAAGCUUUCUAUGCAGCUUUCUUGUCUCUGGCAUUGAGAAGGUAACUGGUGGGGAUGGCCGAGACAGUUGGUUCUCAAACAAUCUUAAUAGAGCUCAUCUUGAUUACUUUUACUGGCUUCUUGCUGGUCUAAGUGCUAUAGAACUAGCAAUUUUUUUGUAUUUUACCAAAUCUUAUGUCUACAAAAGGGCAGAUGUAUAAUCAGAGCCUUUGAGGGGGCAUUGUACAGUUGAUCUUAGUAUUAUAACUGUGUACAUUUGCGCUACUAUAAUGGUAAGAAAGCGUAG